AUGACCGUGCCCUGGCGGCCGGGGGAGCGAGACAUCACCACUUAUAAGGAAGUGGAGGACUUGACACUCCGGCCCCGUUGCUGUCUUCAGUGCUCCGAGUCCCUAGCAGGUCUUCAGGGGGGCAGACGCACCGAGCAGGGUGAUCAAGACCAGCUUAAAGAAUUAUAUUCGGCUGGGAAACUGACGGUGCUGUCUACUGACCCCCUGCUUCACAAGGGCCCAGUGCAGUUAGACUUCCACUUCCGCCUCACCCCCCAGACCUCCGCCCACUGGCACGGCCUUCUAUGUGACCAUAGGCUCUUCCUGGACAUCCCGUAUCGGGCCUUGGAUCAAGGCAACCGGGAAAGUUUGACUGCAGCACUGGAGUAUGUGGAGGAGAAGACCAACGUGGAUUCCGUGUUUGUAAACUUCCAAAACAACCGGAAUGACAGAGGUGCUCUGCUACGCGCCUUCAGCUACAUGGGCUUUGAGGUGGUCAGACCAGACCACCCAGCCCUUCCUCCCUGGGACAAUGUCAUCUUUAUGGUGUAUCCCCUUGAAAGGGAUGUUGGCCACCUGCCCAGUGAACCUCCCUGA